GGCAGGCGAGGCGCGGCCGCGGAGCUGCGCCGCUGCGGGCCGCGGCCAUGCCCAAGCGGGGCUGCCCCUUCGCGGACGCGGCCCCGCUGCAGCUCAAGGUGCGUGUGGGCCGGAGGGAGCUGAGUCGCGGCGUGUGCGCCGAGCGCCUCACGCGGGAGAUCUUCGAAAAGACCACGCAGCUCCUCUUCCGCGGGGCCCAGGCCUGCAUGGACCCCGCGUGGGAGGAAGGCUGCGCCAUCGUCGACACUCCGGAGUCCCCGAAGCCUGGCCCCACGGAAGCCCCUCGGGCCGCGCGCGGGCAGAUGCUGAUCGGGCCCGACGGCCGACUGACCAGGAGUCGAGCCCAGGCCUCCGAGGCUGACCCAGCCAUGGCGGCGGCGGGCGCCUGCUCUUCAUGCGUGCGGGCCGUGGACGGGAAGGCGGCGUGCGGCCAGUGCGAGCGGGCCCUGUGCGGGCGCUGCGUGCGCACCUGCUGCGGCUGUGGGGCAGUGGCCUGCGCCCUGUGUGCCCUCGUGGAACGGGCAGGGCCUUGCCGGUGGCCAGUGGCUUUUCCCUGGAGGGGGAGCUGCGCACAGCACAAGGGCCAGCUGAGGGGCCAGGUGGGCGCCCCGCCUGCUGGCAGCCGCUUCCCUCCCCGGGGCCGUCCUCGUCCGCAGGGACUCCCGUGGCAGCGCCCUCCCGCCCCUGCUCUCUGCUGCCUGGUCCCCACGCGUCCGCAGAGCCUGCCGCGCACCUGCCUGUUUCUCGGGCCCCGGCGGGCGGGGCUCUCUGACCCGGGUGAGAAACAGACGACGCGUUCCGGGUCCCCGCUGGAGGCCACGCUUCAGGCCUCCGAGCUUCAGCGCCGCCCUGGAAGCAGGCAUCCUGCCUGCACCUGCUGGCUGCCCCGUCCCCACGGUCAGGCACGGCCGCGGGGCGGGGGGGAGGGCAUCGCCGCCAAGAGCUGGAGCCGAGCUCCUGGCCCUGGAUGCGGACCCUUUGCCGCUGCGCCUCAGGCGUGCUGCCGUCCCCUUUCAGCGUGUCUCCCGACCCUACCCUACCUGAGCUGCUGCCCCUGGGAGCCAUCCGGGGCCAGUCAACCCUGCUGCACACCUGGCCGACGUGAGAGCCGGGCUGAGCCCCGGGGGCUCCUUAGCUGUCAGUCCGUGGGGACGGCUCCAGCGAGCACCCCAGACGUUUACCCUCGUGCUCCAGUGGCAGAUAUCUUUCGGGGGGCUGGUUCUAGGGAGGCCGCGGGGGUCUGCUCCUGGAGCCCCGCACUCCGCGGGUUCCGUGCUCCGGCCUCUCCCCGGACCCUCGAGCCGCCUGCCUCUGCGGGUGUCCUCCAAGGACCCGGCCCUGUGGGCUCGGCCCCCUGCGGCAGUGGGGCCUCGUCUUAACUGGUUCUGUCUGGGCCCAUGGCCCUGCCUCCAGAUAAAGUCGAGGGACCAGGUGGGGUCGGCAGCUCCCGUGGAACUCAGCCCUAAUGCCAGCUCCUCUCCCCCAACCUCGCGGUG